UUUGACAGCAAUCGUUGGACCAGAUGCUGCGCCAACUGGCACCACCCUCAGGCCGGCUGCGCCUCCAUUGAUGCUACUUUACCGUCAGCCCAAAGCCGUUUUUUAAUUUUUUUUUUUAAAUUGUUGUCAUUUCAUCGCGGAGGCAGCCGUUGGUUCUCCGCUCGCAUACCUGACAAGUAAAGUAAAAGAGACGAUGCCAGAAGGCGGGAGCCCGAAGACGGGGGAAAGUGAUGCGGAGGGUCGGGACGAGGAGUCCGCCGCCGUGCUCCCCGAGGAGAGGGGGCCGGGGCACCGUGAUGAGAAGGAGGAGGAGGAGGAGGAGAAGAAGGUGAACGGAGACAGCAGGGGGGCCGCGGCGGAGCAAGCCGGGGAGGUCGAGUUUGUUCACCCCGAAGGCGGCUGGGGCUGGGUAGUCAUGCUCGCGGCCAUGUGGUGCAACGGCUCGGUGUUCGGGAUCCAGAACGCCUUCGGAAUCCUCUUCCUCUCCCUGCUGCGGGAGUUCGGCUCCGAGGAGGACGAUGACCUCCGCUUCAAGACAGCAUGGGUGGGCUCCCUCUCCAUGGGGAUGAUCUUCUUCUGCUCUCCCAUCGUCAGCGUCUUCACCGACAUCCUGGGCUGCAGGAUCACGGCGGUGGGCGGCGCUGCUGUCGGCCUCGUCGGCCUGCUGGCCAGCUCCUUUGUCACGUCCCUGGGCCCCUUGUAUUUCACCUACGGCAUUGUGUUCGCCUGCGGCUGCUCCUUCGCCUACCAGCCCAGCCUGGUCAUCCUCGGCCACUACUUCAAGAAGCGCCUGGGCCUGGUCAACGGCAUCGUGACGGCCGGCAGCAGCGCCUUCACGAUCACGCUGCCCUUCGCGCUGUCCCACCUGCUGGAGAAAGUGGGCCUCCACAACACCAUGCGUGUCCUCUGCAUCCUCAUGUUCGUGCUGAUGCUGGCCGGCCUCACCUACAAGCCCCUGAUGCCCGUCAGAUCCAGCAGCACCGCCACCGGCCGCCGGUGCCCGCCCAUGAGCAAGAUCUUCAACAUCAACAUCUGGAAGUCCUUGGGAUAUCGCAUUUGGGCGUUCGGCAUCCCGGCGGCGCUCUACGGCUACUUUGUGCCGUAUGUUCACUUGAUGAAGCACGUGGAGGAGCGCUUUGGACCCGACGCCAGCAAAGAGGUUCUGCUCAUGUGCAUCGGCAUCACGUCCGGCGUGGGCCGCCUCAUCUUCGGCAGGGCGGCGGACUACGUCAACGGGGUCAACAAAGUCUACCUGCAGGUGACCUCCUUCUUCGUCAUCGGCAUCAUGUCAAUGAUGAUCCCCGUGUGCCACGUCUUCGGAGGGCUUAUCGCCGUGUGCCUGCUGAUGGGGCUGUUCGACGGCUGUUUCAUCAGCAUCAUGGCGCCCAUCGCCUUCGAGCUGGUCGGGGCCGACGACGUUUCGCAGGCCAUCGGCUUCCUGCUGGGCCUGAUGUCCGUGCCCAUGACCGUGGGACCGCCCAUCGCAGGUUUCCUGAGGGACCGACUGGGCAGCUACGACGAGGCCUUCUACCUGGCGGGAAUCCCGCCGAUCUUCGGAGGAGCCCUGCUCUGUCUGAUACCCUGGGUGGAGGCGAGGCGCAAGAGGAGGGAGAAGGAGGAGGCCCUGAGCGGGGACCCGGACCUCACCGAGAAGAUGAUCGAGCCCGGCAAGAUGGCCGACAACGAGAAGGCCCACGAAGCAGCUCAGAGCAGAACCGGAGAGUCCACCCUUUGAGAGCCCCCCGCUGAGGCGACCUUUAAAAACACAGACUCAGGCCGCUGAGUACCGCGAUGCAGCAUGAGUGAGAUUGUAAACAACUGCCUUAAGAGAGAGAAGCUGCCAAAGCGAUGAAACAAACAACCAACGUAUCAGAUAGUUUGACACGGGCAAACUUGGAGGUUUUAAAUGGAAACUGAGACUACCAUUUCUGUUUUCUUUGUUCUUUUGCCCAGAGGGAGAGAAGACACGGUGUGCUCACUCACUCACUCACUAGAAGCUGCCGAUGCACGUCUAGAGAAAACACUUUGGGGAUGGCGUUGUUAUGGGAGUGUUAAAAAUGGAUUAUAUAGGACAGGAACCCAGUCUUAUGUGUGGAACGUAACUUAACUCAAAUCAAACUGCUAAAAGUUUCUCCUGCUUAAAGCCAAAUAUGUAAGUACUGUCUAGGGGGUAAUCUGUAGUAUCAUAGUAUUUAAAGGAAGAGACGCACAGUGUGUUUUGGGGUAUUUGGAGGUCAUUAUAAGAGUUAGUCGUGAAGCUCUGGGCUUGCCUGAUUCAAAGAGGCGCUCGGACACUUCAAGGUAAGCAGCUUUGUUCUUGUUUAAAACUUUUUACACAAGACGAGGAGCUCUGGUCCCCCCCCCCCCCGGGAUUGAGGCCCUGGGGCCCCGUAGAGGGUUAACAAUCUCUUUGUGUGAAGCGCAUUUACAAUGUUUAACCUCCGGUUAGAAGUGGGAAAAACACAUCUGAUGCCUCAAGAUAUGGCAAAAGCGGGCCCAGGUCAUAAAACAACCGUUGCCAUGUCAACGACCGAUCUGCUGAUGACCUCUUAAAAGGACCAACAAUAAAAACAAAUAGUGGUGGAUGUCUAUUUCCUCACCUCUAUGAACAUUGUACUACACAUGUAUUUUUUGGCUACGUGACCAUCAGGCAGUAAAGUGAAGUUAAUCAUUCUCUCUUCCCUGGCUGUUAGCCUCUGAUAGAGAGGUGCUUUUUCAUGCUUUUAAUGCUUUCAUAUUGUAUUUAUUAUUUUGCAGUUGGCAUUUGCCUCAAGCCUUAAAAUGAACUUAGACCAAAAUUGUACAGAAAUGACUGAAAGUGUGUUAAUCUUGUUUGGUUGCUGCUGCUAGUGUCCCACGGAGCUGUCAGCAACCCCCUCCGUCCUAGUCCUCUCCGCCCCCCCCCCCCCCCCCCCCCCCCCCCCUCUGGUGCCCAUAGACACUCUCUACCUCUGAUGCCCGUCCCUCUUCCUCUAUGACAGCAGCACUCACAUUUGAGUGAGCGGAGCAACCCCCACUCAAAGUGACUUGCCACCCCUACCCACCCCGCCCCCAAAAAAUAAAACGCUAAAUAAACUCCCAGUUAGCCGUCCAAAACGUUGCUCUUUAAUGAAGUGCUUGCUGCUUAGAACCAGAAAUGCCUUUUAACAAGAUAACAAAUGAGAAUUUAUAAUAACCGCCGAGUAUGUAUUUUACAUGUUAUAAUGGAAUCACAUCUAUUGUCUUACAAUUUAAACCUAUGACUUGA